AUGGAUUUGAACCCACCAAAUUGCGUGUAAAUCGCUGGCGUACGACAGAAGCCAUGUCGCCAUGAAGCCGGACCACGGCUUGCCUCUCCUUGAGGUCCAUGCCUGAUGGUGAGGCAAGCGGCAGUGAACCAACUGUCUACGCAGACAAAGGAUAUAUGGAUGAUUACGAUGUUUGCGGACAGACUGGUUGGACAACGUUGCCACAGUUGUCUGGCCGCAGCGUUAGUCCAAGGCCCACCCGCCCUGCUCGAUCAGAUCUCUCAAAGCUGGACCACAUUAUCCAGCAAGCAAAGGAGGUUCAGGACCAACUACUGUCAAGUGUGAGGGUGACAGCACCACAGGUCCCAAGCAGUGUUGCUGAACCUAUCACGAUGGCUGCAGCGACUGUGCCUCCCAGUGUGCCGGGCAAUGCGCCGGGUGGUCCAUGGGCCUUCUCAACCCCCGUGAGGCGCUCUCGAGAGGGGAAAACACCUCGAAGCAAGCUUGAGGAGUCAUCGAGAGUCAGGCGUGCCGCCGACGAGCUGCUCGAGUCGGUCCGACGGAGGGCAUUAGAGGCUGAAAUCGAAAGACUCCGGGGUGAGCUUGCAGCAGCAGAGGCGAGCAAGCAAAAACUCCAGGCCGGCGAAUCUGCGGAAGCAGAGGCAGGGGCAGAGGCUACGCGAUUACUUCGAGAAGCUCGAGUCGAGGUGAACCGUCUGAAAGCAGCGCUGCAGAGACAAGGUCACUUCGACCGGAUCAAAGAGGCUGAGUCUCAUCGAAAAGCAUUCGAGCAGGAGCUGCGGACUGCUCGGGAGGAUGCAGCACGCAAGCAUGAGGAAUUGCAGCACUUGAAUCAGGUGCAGCAAGAACAGCUUGUGAAGGAAAGAGAUGCGGAGAGAAGGUUAAGGCUGGAGGCUGAGACAAGGCGAGAGGCCAUUUUGCUGAAACUGCGCGAGAUGGAGGAGGCUGAGCGGUUGCGCCAGAAUGCAGAAGGUCUGCUGAACGAGCUCAGAGAGGAGAUCCGUCAGUUGCAGGGCGUGCUGCAUGUGGAGCAGUUGGCACGGCAAGCCGCUGAGCAGCGGCAGAGUGCUGUGGAGGGACUCCACCAACGGAGCCAACAAGAGAAUGCGCAGCUGCGGAAAAGCGUAACGGCUCUUGCGCAGCAGGAGAAGCAAAAGUUUGAGGAGCUCCUAGACACGGAGAGGUCGCUCAGACAAAGCGCUGAGGAGCAAUGUAGAAAGUUGCAGGCUGACCUGAGCAGAUGUCUCAAGGAGCUUGAAACAAAUGUUCAGGACAAGAAGGUGGAACUUGAGGCACGUCAAGCAGCGGAGCUGAGGUCAAAGACAGUGGAGGAGUCGUGCCUCCAGCUACGCAAUGAAAAGCUCAAAUUGGAGGCCCAAAUUCAUGAGCUCGAACUGCAGCUGGAUGCAAAAGGUUCUUCCUCUGAGCAUUUGCGCACCCAACUUGCUCGCCUGCAGGCAGACGAGGAGAGAUGGGUCCAAGAGAGAACACGUCUCGAGGCGCAAAUGAGAUCACAGGCCACAGACAUGCACUCCCGCACCGCAGACAUGGAAUCUUUGCAGCAAAAGCUUGAAAGGGAGGGUGAGGUGUCUCAGCGACAGCUGGAACAAGCUAAGCAGGAGCAGGCAUCUCUCAAGCGGCAGUUGGAUGAGGCAAAGGCGACCUUGUCCGACUUUGAUGGGAGACAGCAGCGGCUAAGCAAGGAGCGUGAUGAUGCUUUGCUGCAGGUGCGAGAGGUGCAGGCCAAGCUCGAGCAGCAGCAAAAUGAGGCCACGGCCACCUUGUCCGACUUUGAUGGGAGACAGCAGCGGCUAAGCAAGGAGCGUGAUGAUGCUUUGCUGCAGGUGCGAGAGGUGCAGGCCAAGCUCGAGCAGCAGCAAAAUGAGGUGCUGCGUCUCUCUACGGAGCUGAGCGACGCACGAGCCCAAUCCGUUCCCAAGAGCGGCUUGGAAGAGAUGCAGCGACUCAUGGACAGCUUGCAGAAGGAGAGAGACACACUUCAGGCAGAUGUGGAGCACUACAAGCAGGCAAUCAGUGAGCGGCGCAAAGCUGAAAGCAGUCUUCGCGCUGCCCUGCAGGAGGAACAAAACAAUGGGCGGAUCUUGCACCAGGAGUUGGAGGAGGUAAAGAGGAUUCGAUCCUUGAGUGCUGCUUCACAGGAAGGGAUGUCUCCUGAGCCAUCGCCUCGACCACAAGCUGCAGGCACACCUGGCAGAGCUUCCAUCACAGACUCAGAUGUGCACACACUAGUUCAGAAGAUUCGACGCUCUGAAAUCACGACAUCUUUGAGCAAGGACGGUAUGUGCAAUGUGAACACGGUAGGCCGGAAAAUACAGUAUGAAGCAAGUUGAAGAAGCAGUAUGAAGCAGUGUGACUUGUCCAAACGAUGCACUAUCCACAGCGGUUGGUUCAGGAUAUGGGGGAGGUGGACUUGACUGGAACAGCCUUUGCGAGAAGGAUGGACACUUGAGACGAACAGCUUGAUACGUCAGCAUACUGUUCCGAAGACUGGUUAAGACUGUUCCGUCUACCUACAUUCUCCAUGCGGACAUCCUUAACCCAUCGCCUUCAACCUCUAACUUCCGACUUUCUUACCUUUUCUCGAUGGAGGUUGCUUCUGAUGGUUUCUAUGCUUGGUGUAGAUGCUCUCCAUGGGGAACUUGGGCCAAUCCAUUUAUAGGGCACACUUUUUUGAAGAGGAGAAACAGGCGCUUUACUAUAGAACGGGGGCUCUGUAACCAGAAAGAAAGCACUUGUUCUAUUUGAUUUAAUUUGGCUUCCCCCUGUUUCAAAAUUUAUGGAGGCCAUAGUAUUGGGCAAGCCGGUUCACCCAUUCCACCUGGCGGCCUGGCGCUUGUUGAUUUUGGAUUGGGAAAGCGGUCUGGAGCAUCCUUUGGUCCCGAGUCCUUUGAUUUCAUAGUACUAGUAGCGUCCUUGCUCCUAGUAGUAAGGCCAGGAGCCCCUAGUAGCGUCCUUGCUCCUAGUGAUAAGGCCAGGAGCCCCUAGUAGCGUCCUUGCUCCUAGUAGUAAGGCCAGGAGCCCCUAGUAGCGUCCUUGCUCCU